AUGCCUACACCGCCACCACCAUCGCCACCACCGCCACCUGUUACCUCCACCAUCACCACCACCGGUCAACUCCACGCGCCACUGCCACCAGUCGCCGCCACAACAACCCGCCAACGCCAUCCGCUACCGCCAUCGCCAACCGCCAACGCAACCACCACCUACGCCAACCCCACCACCUGCAACUGGCACAAACAUAACCGCCACCCGCCAUUCGCCGCCCGCCACCGCGAACCACCACAACCGCCACCGCCUCCGCCACCGCCCCCGCCACCGCCAACCGCCACUAAACCCGCCACAACCAACCAACACCACCACCACCGACGCAACCCACCACCGCAACCGCCAUCGCCACCGGAACCUGCCACCUGCAAACAGGCCAGUAGCGGUGGUGGUGGUGGGUGGCGGUUGCGGUUGGCGUUUGCGGUUGCCCUGGUGUUGGUGGUAGGUUGUGGCAAAUGGCAGGUCGCGGUGGUGAUGGUGGUGGCGGUGGCGGGAGCCUGUGGUAGUGGUGGCGGUUGCGGCGGCGAUGAUGGUGGUGGUGACGUUGGCGUUGACGGUUGGAGAUGGUGGGUGGCGUUGGCGAAUGGCGGCUGGCACUGGCGGGUGGCGGUGGCGUUGGCAGGUUGCAGUGGCGGAUGUCGGUGUUAUUGGUGGAGGUGGCGGAUGGCGGUGGUGGUCGUCGUAACGGUGUUGGUGGUGGCGUUGGCGGGUGGUUGUGGCGGUUGA